AUGCCCUAUGAGUGUGCAACAUCCUCUGAGUGUGCAAAGCCACGCCGCAUGUACAGUUCCUCUGUGUGCCUCCUCAGUCCGUUUGUACAGAGCCCUUGCGCCUGGCCGUAUGCCUUUGAGUGUGCCAAGUACCCUGGGAACGUGGAAAGCAGAUGGCAGCGCUGCUGCCCUUCCCCCGCCUCCUAUAUCUCCUGGUCCCCUGCCUCCCUGCCCCACUCUUCCGGGCGCCCCAUGGCUCUGCAAGACUUGCUGCGCUGCCGGCUCCGCUCCCCGCCACCCCCGUGGCCCCUGCCACCCCCCUGCCCGGCACCUGCCAGCACCCCCUGCCCCUUGCCCCACGGCACUACCACGCUGGCCUUCCGGCUGGCCCAGGGCGUGGUGGCAGCAGCCGACACCCGCUCGUCCUGCAGCACCUACGUGGCCUGCCCAGCCUCCCCAAGGUGCUUGGCCGUCCACGCCCGGCUGCUGGCCACCACCUCAGGGACCUCGGCCGACUGCGCCGCUUGGCUGCGAGCCCUGCGCUGCCAGCUGCCCUGCCGGCGCAAGGAGCACGGGCGGGAGCCGAGUGUGGCCGAGGCGGCGGCGCUGUGGCGGGUGCGGCUGCGGGCACGCGGGGGCGCGGCUGUGCGUGGCUGUGCGCUCUGCGGCUGGGACCGCGCGCCUGGCCUCUGGUAUGUCUACAGUGACGGCACCCGCCUGCCCCUGGACGUGUGGCCGUGGGCUCGGGCUCGCCCUACGGCCUAUGGGCUGCUGGAUGGGGCCUACUGCCCCGACAUGCCGCCUGCCGCCGCCUACCCCUGGCCGCUGCGCCGUGGCCAUGCCACCCACCGCGACGCCUACUCCGGGGGCUGCGUUGACGUCUUCCACGUGCGCCGGAGCGGCGGCCCGCCCCCUCCCUCGCCUGCCCACCUUCCUGUUGUCCGGGCCCCACUCCUCCAGCCUGCGCCUCCUUUCCCCAUCCUCCGCUGCUUCUUCUGCCCCUCAUCGCCCACUCCGCCCGCUCGCUCCCAGUCCCUCUCCAGCCUGCGCCCUUCCUGUGUCGCCCCACCUCGCAGCCGGCUUCCUACGUCGCCCGCCGGGGAUCCGAUGUUCACGGGGCCCCAUUAG